AUGUAUCCACGCCGUGGACCGCCGAAAACGACGCCGACAGACGUCGCACCGCAGGACCGCCCGUACAAGGCCCGGCCGUCGCGGUCCCAGCAGCUGCGAAACCCCAAGCUGGCACCCAAGUUGCAUGAAGAAACAUUUAAUGCGCUGGAGUUGAAAAAAGGCGUGGCCGAUGAGGAGCUGGCUAAGAGAGAGGCCGAGCGGGCCUUGAAGCGGCGGCGGACGAGCAAAAACGUCAGCUUGAGCAGCAGUGGAAGUGAAUCCGACGACUCUGCGGCAGCGCGCCGGCGACGGCCCGAGGGCAAACAGAGCAGCCACCGGCGGCGUCGGUCGCCAAGCUACGCAGACCCCGAUUCCGGCUCGGCGUCGGGCCGUGGCUCUCCGCCAGCGGCUGCAGCAGCUCCGAAUCCACCGAGCGGCCGCGGACGAUCAGCCUCGGUGGAUUCCCGGUCACCGUCGCGCUCACGCUCACGCUCACGCUCGGCGUCGUCGUAUUCUUCGUCGCGCGGCAGCAGAUCGCCGUCUCCGCCACCGGCCAGUCGGGUAUCGUCUCCUCCCCGUGAACGAGAACAGCGGCCGGUGCGGCCGCACGAUGACAGAAUGAAAUCGUCAGACUUUUUCGGCCAGGAGGAUGGGGCGGACCGGGGCUCGAUAGACCGGCGACGCUUCCGACACGGCUCGCAGUCGCCCGUUCGGGAGAGAGACGAUCGCCGCUCGUACAGACAGCGCGAUGCCGACACGCGCGGCGACGGUGAUCGCAGAGACAGGCAUCGACAGCCGCACGCGGGACGUGGACGGGAACAGACGAACCGUGACGACGACCGUAAUGGCCGGCAACGCAGUCUCAGCCCGUUCAGCAAGCGCUUAGCUCUAACCAAACACAUGAAGCCGGGGAAGUGA